ACUUUAUAUUAAGAGUGUAACACUGUUUAGUAACUAGUAUGUUCUAGAUGAAUCUGUGCAUAACCUAUUAGUGAUUUCAUUGAUGAGUAAAACAAAAUUAAGGAAUCAUGGUAAACAUUAUAAAAGGUAUUCUUGUUGAAUGUGAUGCGGCUAUGAAACAGUUUUUGCUUCAUCUGGAUGAAACAACUGCCUUAGGACGAAAAUUCAUUAUUCAAGAUCUAGAUGAAAAACAUUUGUUUAUUUCAAGUGAUAUUUUGGAGACUUUGCGAGCUAGAGUUGAUGAUUUAAUGGAUCAAAUUUCAUUCCCGGUGGCUGAGAAAGGAUCGUAAACAAUCAAUCAUUUUUAACU